GGGGGCGGAAGUGGCUCAUAAUCCUAGGGAGCUGCGGCGGCGAAGGCGGCGGAACAACAGCAGGAGCCACAGCCGGCGCCUCAGGGGCGGUUUGGGCCUCUUUUCCCCUUCCCCUGCCCCGCUCGGGCCCCGCGGGCUCGGGAGCCCCUCCAGGGCGGGCCCUAUGAGUGUGUCGCUGGUGGUCCUUCGCUUGGAGCUGGCCGAGACUUCGCCCGUGCCGGGCGGCUUUCCUUACAGCGCGGCCGCCACUGAAAUGUCUGAUGAGGAAAUCCAGGAGAAAUCACUAGCAGCUGCCACAGCCUCCUUAGAUGGAAAGGAACCUGUCGAGAAAGCAGCUAUCAUUCACCAGCACAUUGGCCGCAGGGAGAUGACUGAUAUGAUCAUUGAGACUAUAAAGCCUGAUGCAGAAGCGUUGAAAGCAAUGAUGGAGGAAGGCAAAGCGUCUGAGGCAUCCUCCCCCGAUGACCGAAGUAAACAUAAUGGCCAAAGUGGGGGUGUUGGGACAGCACCGGAUUCCCCCUCGAAGCAGCUUCCAGACCAGAUUUCCUUUUUCAGUGGAAACCCUUCGGUUGAAAUAGUUCAUGGCAUCAUGCACCUCUACAAGACAAAUAAGAUGACCUCCUUGAAAGAAGACGUACGGCGCAGUGCCAUGCUGUGCAUUCUCACGGUGCCUGCCACGAUGACCAGCCAUGACCUCAUGAAGUUUGUGGCUUCCUUUUAUGACGUCAUCGAGCACAUGAAGAUCAUACGAGACUCCACCCCAAACCAGUACAUGGUCCUGAUCAAAUUUAGUACACAGGCAGAUGCAGACAGCUUCUACAUGACUUGCAAUGGCCGGCAGUUCAAUUCCAUAGAAGAGGAUGUUUGCCAGCUGGUCUACGUGGAGAGGGCAGAGGUCUUCAAGUCAGAAGAUGGGGCCAGUCUUCCUGUCAUGGACCUGACUGAGCUUCCCAAGUGCACUGUCUGCCUAGAGAGAAUGGACGAGUCCGUCAAUGGGAUUCUCACAACGCUUUGCAACCACAGCUUCCACAGCCAGUGUCUGCAGCGGUGGGAAGAUACCACGUGUCCUGUGUGCAGGUACUGCCAGACGCCGGAACCUGUGGAGGAGAACAAGUGCUUUGAGUGUGGAGUCCAAGAAAACCUGUGGAUAUGUCUGAUUUGCGGGCACAUUGGAUGCGGGCGCUACGUUAGCCGGCACGCCUACAAGCACUUUGAGGAGACGCAGCACACCUAUGCCAUGCAGCUGACCAAUCACAGAGUCUGGGACUAUGCUGGAGACAAUUACGUCCACCGGCUAGUGGCCAGCAAAACAGACGGGAAGCUAGUUCAGUAUGAGUGCGAGGGGGACAUAUGCCAAGAAGAGAAGAUUGACGCAUUACAACUAGAGUACUCUUACUUGCUGACAAGUCAGUUGGAGUCCCAGCGUAUAUACUGGGAGAACAAGAUAGUCCGAAUAGAAAAGGACACGGCCGAAGAGAUUAACAACAUGAAGACUAAAUUUAAAGAGACGAUUGAGAAAUGCGACUCGCUCGAGCACAGACUGAAUGACUUGGUCAAAGAGAAGCAAUCUGUCGAAAGGAAGUGCACCCAACUAAACACCAAAGUGUCCAAGCUGACCACGGAGCUGAAGGAGGAGCAGGAAAUGAACAAGUAUCUGCGAGCCAACCAGAUCUUGCUCCAGAACAAGCUGAAGGAGGAGGAGAAGCUGCUGAAGGAGACAUGUGAGCAGAAGGACCUGCAGAUCACGGAGGUCCAGGAGCAACUGCGGGACGUCAUGUUCUACUUGGAGACACAGCAGAAGAUCAAUCACCUCCCCGCUGAGGCUAGGCAGGAAAUCCAAGAUGGACAGAUCAAUAUUGCCAUGGCAUCGUCAGCCGGCUCAUCGGCGGGGGGUCCUGGGAAGCCUUCGUCCCGGAAGGGCAGAGGCAAGAGGGGCAAGUGAGGGAUGGGGUGGCCGCAGCUGACCUUACUGAAACUGGCCACAGAGGGGUGGCCGGGGGGGCUGAAGGAGAGUCGCCUGUCAGGUGAAGCAGGCGCAAGAGUCUAGCAAGGGAUGAGCGACCAGUUUGCAGAGCCUUUCCUACCCCAGUGCACUAGCCAACAGCAAUCGGCAGCCCUUAAGAUGUUCUUUCCCUCUGCUGGCUAUCUAGCUACUCAUAGGCAGUAUGUAGUGACUCCUUGGCUGUCUGGCCGUAUUUAGCCUCCCCUUCUCUGCUGCAUAACCUGAGAACACUGUGUUCAAGUUUUAGAUGUUUGCUUGAAAUCAUUUUAAAGUAAGUGCAAAAAAAA